UCCGGAUCUACCAAAUUCCAUGUUCGUAACCGGGAGUAAAGAAAACCGAAAAAACAAGACGCGAGUAGCUGAUCCCUGUGUUAACAUUCAUUCUCUCACUUUAUCUCGCAUUAGUGGCAGAGAGAAAAACUUCUGGCUGAAAGAUUCAACUUUUUAGUAGUGAAAAUUUUGCAGGCAGUUCCAUAGUAUGGGCACAUUGCUGAACCACAUUAAAUUCGGUGUUCUUCCUCUCAGAUUUAUGUUCUUCAAUUUUUGUGUUGUGUGGGUUUUCUCACUAUGUAAGUCCUUAAGGUCUAAAGCCACUCUUUAGCAUGAGAAUCAGAGAACAGGCUGCAGAAUCAUUCAUGUUACUGCACUACUGGAUUUAUCAUAUUUAUUUGUCUGGGUUUUUAGAUGAUCCCUGCUCCAGUCACUCAAUUUUAAUGAUUGAACAAGCUUUCAUGUUCUUAUGCAAUUUUAUCUUUAGUCAACCAUUGGUAAAGUAGCAAAUGCACUUUUUACAGGACAUUUUGUCUCAAUGAUGAGUGCAAGAGUAACUCAAAGUAGUGUCCACGCUGCACUGAGUAGUGAUGAUAUCAUGUGCGAUAUUCUCAUUCGUCUGCCACCAGAAUCUGUUUUCAAAUUGAUUCUUGUAUCAAAGAGAUGGCUUCGCUUGAUAUGCGGCCCUUAUUUUCGUUAUAUUUACCUGAGCCGAUGGAAAACAAGCUUUCACUUGCUGGGCUUUUUUGUUUGCAAUUCCCUGUACCUUGGAAGACGUGAAGAUGGCCUUAGGCGCCCCCGUUCAGAGCCUGCUCUUCCAUUAUUGUCAACUUGUAAAGAGGGUGAUGAUCUAAAAUAUUCAGGGAUCCUCAAGCAGCUUGGUUACUUCAUUGACUCCUCCAAAGGCAUUCUUCUUUGUGGCCGGCACCCAAAGACAUAUUACGUGUGGAAUCCCACCAAAGAGAAACAGUACCAGCUCCCUCGUCCUCGAGUCUACUUUGAGGAGUUGUGCAUGGCCUUCAUCGUUGAAGAUUGUCCUGAUGAUGAUAUGUGCUACAAGGUUAUCCGUGCAAAAUGUGAAUGCAGGCUGGAAGAAGUUAACACUGUCACUAUUGAAACUUUCUUUUCAAAGACCACUACAUGGAGUUAUUCAACUCUUACCUGCUCAUCAAAUUUAUGUUUGAGUCCUUGGACUGUUGGCACUGUGAUUGGAGGUGUAGUCCACUGGCAUGCAGCACAGGGGCAUGUAGCAAUUUAUGAUCCCGAUAAUGAAGAGAAGCGCAUUGCUUUGAUUAAACUGCCCGGGUCUUAUGAUUAUGAUGAACAUGUUCUUGGAGAGUCUUCUGAUGGGCUUCUGCAAUAUGGUUGGAGUAAUACAUCAGGCAUGGAGAUAUGGGUUCUUGAAAAGGAACAAGAUUCUUACUCAUCCAUUUUCUCUGGUGACAACAAUCCAACAGUCAGGUGGAACAGAAGGUAUAAGCUGAAUUUCAAAACCAUGUGGAAGAACAAUCUCUCAAUAGCAACAAAAUUCAGCACACGGUCUAAAGAAACUCAAAUCCUCUCAUUCGUGAUUCAGAAUUCGGAUGCUGUUUUCAUUCGGUCCGGUUCCAAUAUUUUCCUCUAUUACUUCGAGAGCAAAAGGGUGGAAUAUGUACCCUACCAAGGUCGUGGUUCUUCCAUUUUAUGGGAUUUCUGUAAGGUUGUACCUUAUUUUAAACGAGCUUGGCCUCAUUUUUCUACAUGUAGGGAAGGACAGAAAAUACCAGAGCAACUGCAUAAAAAGUCUGUAGCUUCAACUAGUGGCUCUUGGGGGCAGUGGUAGUGGCCCAAACCCUUUUUGCUGGGAUUCUAGGUUUGAGUUGUCCAUGACUCAAUAUAAGGGUUCUCCCUCUGUAAUUUGACUCAAAUCAUGGCCCUAGACUAGGUACCUUUGUUUAGCGGUUUUAGUCAGUUGAUCUGGUAGCUUUUUCUGGCUGUAGCUUGACUUGUGCUUGGCGGUUAGAGUCAGUGUACAUAUAGUACUAUUGUUUUGUUUGUUAGACCUCAAAUUUCUUUGGGAUGACAUUAGUACCUGAACCUGUUGUUCUUGAACCCUAACAUUGACCUCCUCAAAGAACUUUUGGCAUGUCAAUUAUUAGGGUUUUUUUCCAAAAAACCUAUAAUCAAUUUUGGCAUGUGCA